AUGCCUUCAGUCAUCUACAACACACCUGCCACCCUUCCGGUCCGAAAACCAGCACCCUUCGUUAUUGGCCCAACCAACAAAGCCCCUUUCCGACCUACCAACAAGAUCCCACAAGAUGUCAUCGAUACAGCUCAGGUCACACCCAUCGAAGAGUUCGACGCCAAGAAGCAUGUAAACUUUGAGUUUCCCAAGCGGACUUAUACCAUGAAGGAAUGGGGAUACGAGAAUCAGGGCGUCUCCCCCAUCGCUGCCUCGGACCCUUUCUCUCUUUUCCCUGAAGCUGCCGUGAAGCAAGUCCGACGUGAACUUCUCAGCGAAGAUGUUCUUAGGACGUGUCAGUUUGCUUCGACUUUUACGAAGAAUCAGAUUCGAGGAUAUACUCAAAAACAAGCACCCUUUGCUCACGCUCUUUGGAAGAGUCCCGAAGUGCAGCAAGCUGUUUCAAAAGUGGCUGGUAUUGAUCUAGUUCACGCAUUUGAGUAUGAGAUCGGCCAUUGCAACCUGCUCUUCAGCGACUGCGAGGACGAGAAGAAGGGAGCUAGCGACAACGUUGGCUUUUCCUGGCACUAUGAUAGCUUUCCGUUCGUUUGUGUUACGAUGCUUUCAGACUGUUCGGAUAUGAAGGGUGGCGAGACUGCAGUCCUCAAAGGUGACGGUGAAGUUCUCAAAGUUCGCGGUCCAACCAUGGGCACUGCGGUGAUUCUCCAAGGUCGCUACGUGCAACACGCCGCACUCAAGGCAAUUGGCAAAGAAAGAAUCUCCUUUAUCACAGCAUUCCGUCCCAAGUCUCCCUUUGUCAAGGACGAGAUGGUCCUCACGGGUUCCCGACCCAUAAGUAACCAGUCAGAGCUUGUGUAUGACUACUGCACCUACCGAGCAGAUGUUCUUGAGAUACGAUUUCGAGAACACGCAAAGAAGCUUCGUGAGCUACAAGCUGCGGGUAUCAAGUUCAACCCCGAUGCCGUGAGGGAGUUUCUUCAGGAGCAGAAGGAGAUGUUGGAGGCGACGCUUUUGGAGAUGGUUCCUAUUUAUGAUGUUGUUGAAGUUGAACACACUCACGCCAUGUCUGACAAGGCGAAGAGUCGUAUCAAUGCCAUUGGCAACCAACUUCUUCCACCUAUCAACAAGGUAGCUCCGGGUUCAAGUAAGCUCCGCGUCGAGGGCAAAGUCGUCAUCAUAACAGGUACAAACUCACCCCUGGGUAUUGGUCGUGCUACAGCGCAUCAAUAUGCUGAAAGCGGUGCUCGUGCAUUGUAUCUCUGCGACUUUGACGAUACGCACCUUGAGUCUCAUAAAAAGGAGAUCAACGCUGCGUUUCCCAACGUGGAAGUUCACACCAGGCGUUUCGAUGCCGCGGAUGAGGACAAGGUCAAGGAGGUAGUCGAUGACGCGAUCCAGCGCUACGGUCGCUUGGACGUCUUCUUUGCUAAUGCUGGAGUCGUUGGUCGGACCACGCUGUUCUCUGAUUUCAGCAAAGAUGAGUUUAUGUCGAUACUCAACACCAACACGUCAAGUGUCUUUCUAGCUGCCAAGUACGCGGCUCCAGCUAUGAUGCAAACCUCUGCCGACAAGCCUCAAGCCAGCGGCAGUAUCAUCGGUACAGCGUCUGUUGCAGGAAUUCGCUCCAAUGCCGGAUCCACACCAUACUCAGCCUCCAAAGCAGCCGUGGUGUCUCUCGCUCAGACGAUAUCAUACCAACUCGCUGGAACAGGCGUACGUAUGAACGCCAUCUGCCCAGGUCUCAUCGAGACUGGCAUGACGGCGCCUGUUUAUGAAGCAGCGAGGGCUCGUGGAAGUGAGAAGAAGAUUGGACAGCUGAACCCUAUGAAGAGAGGCGGCCAUGCUGAUGAGAUCGCUCGCGUUGCGCUCUUCUUGGGAAGUGAUGAGAGUAGCUAUGUUAAUGGACAGGCAUGGGCAGUAGAUGGAGGGCUGAGUGCUGGGCACCCCUUUGUUCCUGGGAAACUGGGCUGA